UUGGCUGUUGUUGGCGGUGACCUGGCAACCGAUAGUGAGUUACAGACGCUUAUACGCGAUCUUUCUGCAGUAGACGCACAAAUCAAGUCUUUUUCGUGGUGAUUUUUGGGUUUAACCAACAUUAGUUGCCGUUUUCCACAUCCAGAGAAAAUGUCGACGAGAACGCUACCUCUGCUGUUUAUUAAUCUGGGUGGUGAAAUGCUGUACAUCCUGGAUCAGCGUUUGCGGGCUCAGAAUAUCCCAACAGAUAAAGCCAAGAAAGUUAUGAAUGAUAUCAUCACCACCAUGUUCAACAAGAAGUUCCUGGAGGAGCUGUUCAAGCCCCAAGAGCUGUACUCCAAAAAGGCCCUAAGAACCGUGUUUGAUCGACUUGCCCACGCCUCUAUCAUGAGACUUAACCAAGCCAGUAUGGACAAACUCUAUGACCUGAUGACCAUGGCCUUCAAGUAUCAGGUCCUGCUGUGUCCUCGCCCUAAAGACAUCCUUCUUGUGUCUUUCAACCACAUGGAUGCCAUCAGGGACUUUGUGAAGGACACACCCAGCAUCCUCAGCCAAGUGGAUGAAACUAAUAAACAACUCAUAGAGAUAUAUACCCCUUUAUCCGGUGGCGAGUUUCAACUGAUUAGACAAACACUGCUCAUCUUCUUUCAAGAUAUGCACAUAAGAGUAUCAAUUUUCCUGAAAGACAAGGUGCAGAACUCCAAUGGACGAUUUGUUCUGCCUACCUCAGGUCCUGUUCCAUAUGGUACACACACCCCGGGAUUUAUCAGGAUGUUUAGUUGUGGUGGAGAGGAGGUGAAAAGGUUGCAGUUCCCUGAUGGUGGCAAUUACAAUGCGGCUCUGCGUGAAGGUUCCUUUGACAUGUAUGGUGAUCGCGUCAUUAAACUGGGCACCAACAUGUACAGCGUGAGCCGGCCAGUUGAAACACACAUGUCUGGAACCUCCAAAAACUCCUCACAGCACACCAAGGUCAACACAACACCAAAUCCUCUGGCUAAAGAAGAACUGAACAUGCUUGCUAGAUUAAUGGGAGGUUUGGAGGUUCAGAAACCAGCGAGUAUUGACUACGGCUUCCGGGUGAAUCUCUUCGCCACAGAUGAGGAAGAAGAGGAAGCUUUAAUAUCAAGACCGGAUGAGCUCUCCUAUGAUGUUAUCAAUAUCCAAGCAACAAAGGACAAACAAACUAAUGCUGAGUUGGCUAGGAUCAUGGGGGAGUUUGGGGAGGCAGGAGAGCCCACCCCCAGCUCCAGCAGCAAGGGUGACGACCUACUGGCAAUGAUGGACGGUCUGUGACUUAAACUCUGUGUGGAAAAGUGAUUGAGUGGUUAAUAAGGAUCCAGACCUGCUAUCUGCGCUGUCUCACUUCUCAAGACGUCUUUUGCCUGGAGCUGCAGUGACAACCUUGUUUAAAUUUAGAUUGACAGCUAAGCUCGGGGAUUCUCUUUGUGAAUUUCAUGCCACCUGCUUACAACGCAAGAAACACAAAGUAGCGAGUGUAGAGAUUUAAUAUUUGUCUUGCUGUGGGACCGUAGUCACUUUCCAUAAACAGUUCGUGGAGUUAGUGUGAACCUACUGAGGUAACGUGUCAUUACAUAACGGUGGUUUAAUUUUAAACUUCACAGAGGUGCCGGCAACGCGAGUCCCCCUGUGAUGCUUUGAUGCCACAGACUGUGACAUUUAGAUCAAUGGACAGAAUGAUAUGCCUUCACUGGAUUGUCUCAGUUGUCUAAAAGGACAAUCCACACACAUGGAAUUCAUUUAAUGGUGAACCGAGAGGUGCUGGUACGCGACUCGAUUAUAUUUGCAGUGUAACCACACAAUAAGCACUGCUUAAGACAGGGUAACAGAGGAAACCGAAGUGCACUUGACGUAAAUAUUUAGAACAGAUCCCAGAUAGGGAUUUACAGGAAGCCCCACGACAAAUGAUGUGUAUUUGUUUUGUCAUUAUUAAUAGGGAGGCAAAUAAAAUGCAAGCAAGUCAGGUCUUUCAUUGUCAACAGUGUGACUAUAUAAAAUCAAAUGUUAUUGUUUUUGAAUGUGCAAUUAUUGCGUUAUGUAAAGGGAAAUUGCAAGUGAAAUGUGUAUGAAAGCCACCUUCUAUGGAAAGAACAAAGCAAUGCAAUAUUUACGGUGAAUGAAAUGUUUAUAUUUUUCACAAGCAUAAUAAAAUGUAUUUAUUGAAGUUAAUGUAUUGUAUUUUAAAGUUAAUUUGUGUCUGUUUACUGUUGUUAUAUUGAAAUAAUAGACUGGAAUGAAUAAAUGAGAUCUUUUUUCAAAUAAUAA